AUGAGGAAUGACUAUUCCAUAAAAUCUACCGGCGGAGGAGGAGAAAAGGGUGGUGAUAAAUCAGACAAAUCAAACGUGGAUCAUCAUCGUGGUGACUUGUCCAAAAUUGUUAUUACACGUGUCGAGUCUGGACGUAUUAUACGCUGUAAAGAUGACGAUGACAUGGGCGAUGACUCGAACAGAUCGGAUAACUAUUGGAAGCGUUCCUAUGAUGAUGAUCGGCAUGGUCCGGAUAAUGCAAAACGAAGUCGAGUUGAAGCAGAGCCAGAAUAUCGCAGUACUCGAAGAGUGUUUACACCCCCACGGAAUGCCCGUGAAGGCGAACACGGUUCUCUUACUGUUUAUGAUAAUGAAAAUGAUCUUCCAAUGACGUCGAAAUGUCUACAAGAACGUGUUAUGCAACGUGUACGUGUUAUCGAGAGACGUCACCAAAUGGAAGAUGGAGGUAAUCCGGUUGGUGGAGCAGAUGGUGCACCAGCGAAUGGCCCCGGUGUGGUUGGCGGUGGUGGGUCGGAAAAGCGUCGUGAAAGUUCACUGACCACAGAUGAUGCUGGGCCGCCGCCAUCGGAUUCGCCUAAAGGAAGAGGUGGAGAUGGCGAUCGUAGUUCAUUAUGGCGUAGUGGUGGGAAUGGUCCGUCGGGUGGUGGUUCUUCUGCAGAUCGUCGAUCUGGUGGUUCAUUCCAGCGUCCAGAAUAUCGUGGAAGUGGGGCUGGUGGUGGUUAUUAUGGCAGAAAUCGACCCCGUGGCGGUGCUGGAGGAGGGUCUAGAUGGCGUGGUCAAUAUGAUGACUAUCGUGUACGUCGGAAUAACUGGCACAAUCAUCGCUAUGAUGAACGUAGACGUGAUGCAUCAGGUCGAGCUGGAAGUGCCACCAAUUUUGAACGUCGUCGGAAGCGUUAUGGUGCAUCAGGAUCAGUAGAGCGAUCACCUAGAUCAUCUCGUUCCCAUUCAAGGUCACGUUCACAUGUGUCAAAGAGUCGAUCCCGAUCAUACUCACGUAGUCCUCGAUCUUCUUCACCAUCUCCAUCACCUAUCCGCCCUGUUAAUCGUGGACGUGUGAUAUCUCGUGCUCGUAUAAAAACGCCUCCAUUGGCACCCCUCGUAACCAAUUUUAAACGUAGUGAGUCAGACGAGAAUCUCGCUGAAUUAGAUCAGUUUGUUGCCCAGUUGAGAGCUAAACGUCAGCUACAACAACAGUUUCAACAACAACAAUAUAUGGCUCAAUUUCAAGAGAUGCAAGGUCCAACUGUAAACACUCCAGCUGUAGCACCAACAGCCCCUUCAUCACAGCAUCUGCCAUCCGCAGGAGAAUAUGGCCAACAGCACCAGUCGCAGGCGUCAGCACAGAAUAACACCAGUCCACUGAAAAUCACCUAUCGUCGAAGUGAAGUAGAACAGGAAGAGAAUAGAGGAGGAGGUGGAGGAGAACAUGGAGCAGCCUCACAAAAUGACUACAACAAUGGCGGUGGGCAUGACUCCCCAAUGCAAGAAGACUCCCCAGAACCUCCACAAGCUCAAUCACCACCACCUCCUAUCAUGGAGAAUAAUGAAGAUUACUCGGUGAAAGGCGGCGAAGAUGAUGGCAAUAUACCAGUAGAAAAUGCAGCAGCCUAUGUGAUAUCUCGUGCUCGUAUAAAAACGCCUCCAUUGGCACCCCUCGUAACCAAUUUUAAACGUAGUGAGUCAGACGAGAAUCUCGCUGAAUUAGAUCAGUUUGUUGCCCAGUUGAGAGCUAAACGUCAGCUACAACAACAGUUUCAACAACAACAACAAUAUAUGGCUCAAUUUCAAGAGAUGCAAGGUCCAACUGUAAACACUCCAGCUGUAGCACCAACAGCCCCUUCAUCACAGCAUCUGCCAUCCGCAGGAGAAUAUGGCCAACAGCACCAGUCGCAGGCGUCAGCACAGAAUAACACCAGUCCACUGAAAAUCACCUAUCGUCGAAGUGAAGUAGAACAGGAAGAGAAUAGAGGAGGAGGUGGAGGAGAACAUGGAGCAGCCUCACAAAAUGACUACAACAAUGGCGAACCUCCACAAGCUCAAUCACCACCACCUCCUAUCAUGGAGAAUAAUGAAGAUUACUCGGUGAAAGGCGGCGAAGAUGAUGGCAAUAUACCAGUAGAAAAUGCAGCAGCCUAUGUGAUAUCUCGUGCUCGUAUAAAAACGCCUCCAUUGGCACCCCUCGUAACCAAUUUUAAACGUAGUGAGUCAGACGAGAAUCUCGCUGAAUUAGAUCAGUUUGUUGCCCAGUUGAGAGCUAAACGUCAGCUACAACAACAGUUUCAACAACAACAAUAUAUGGCUCAAUUUCAAGAGAUGCAAGGUCCAACUGUAAACACUCCAGCUGUAGCACCAACAGCCCCUUCAUCACAGCAUCUGCCAUCCGCAGGAGAAUAUGGCCAACAGCACCAGUCGCAGGCGUCAGCACAGAAUAACACCAGUCCACUGAAAAUCACCUAUCGUCGAAGUGAAGUAGAACAGGAAGAGAAUAGAGGAGGAGGUGGAGGAGAACAUGGAGCAGCCUCACAAAAUGACUACAACAAUGGCGGUGGGCAUGACUCCCCAAUGCAAGAAGACUCCCCAGAACCUCCACAAGCUCAAUCACCACCACCUCCUAUCAUGGAGAAUAAUGAAGAUUACUCGGUGAAAGGCGGCGAAGAUGAUGGCAAUAUACCAGUAGAAAAUGCAGCAGCCUAG